ACGAUAGGUAGGUAUAGGUUAUAAGUCGUCAAACACACCGUCAUAAAGAUAACGUUCUAACGUGGAGAGGCGUAAAGCUCUCGUUCGCCACGUUCAAACACAUCUCUCGACCGACUGCAGUGGCAUAGUGAACUGUCAUCAGAGGCAAUAUACCUAUCGUGUAUGCGUGCGCGAAUUUUUUUCACACAACUAAUACGGACCGAACGACAAUUAGGUUAUAUUAUUGUUUAAUAUAGGCAUUGAACCGAAUUCGCGAUGGUCAACAUAGCAAGCGUGGGCACGGUGGUCAUCAAAGUCGUAAAAUUGGUGUUGAAUAUAAUCAUUUUGGUUCUGUACCGGACCGGAUAUCGAGGAGGGUUUUUGGGAGUCGGCGGCACGUGGAACUUGAACGAAGAGAAAAAUCCGGAUGCGGAAAUCGUCGCUUCUGGCAUUUUCAUUGGUUUUUUCAUAUACACCGUCGUGAUAUUGAUAUCGUACGGGUUCGGGUCAAAUCACCAGAAGAAAACGCUAGUGGAUAUCAUAAUGAAUUUCGUCGGUAUGUUUAUGUUUAUUGCCGUCGGCGGUAUAGCACUCCAUUAUUGGAUUGGUUAUCAGAACGAAAAUAAAUACAUCAGCGUGACUUCCGAACGUGCCAUAGGUAUCACGGUGGGCGUGCUGUGCGUUCUUUCCGGAGCUGUUUACUUGGUAGACACAGUACUGUCGUUUAUACAUUUUGCGAGAGAAAUGGAGUUUGAUUAAAAGCGACUGCGACAAAUUUAAGUUAAUUAAAAUAUAGCUACUUUAUAUAUAAGUUUGACGAUUUUUGCUUUUCGAGUGGUACAAUUAAUAAAACACACACAUGUCACGCGUGUAUGUGUGUAUUCUGAACAUUUGUCGGUAUAAAUAUGAUGUAUAAUAUUCGAAAGGAUACCGUAAAAUAUAUAGGUACACGAGUACGUGUAAUUAAUCAUUGAGUUUUAAAAUCGUUCAAACAUUAACAAUAUAUUAUGCUGUGUGAAGUAAUAUCAAAUAAUUAAUAAUUAACUUUUUUUUUUUGUUCAUAUAACUGAUUAAUUAAAAUGUUUCACCCAACGACAUUUCAUACACGGUAAGCAUAGUUUACACGUGUGUUACACGUGUUUGUAAAUAUAAAUAGUUUUAUAGUUAUAUACGUUUAUAUAUUAAUAUGUUAUGUUAAAAGUUGGUUAGUUAUAUUAUAAUUAUAUGUAUUUAAAUACCUUACAUAAUUACAAAUAUAUUACACCAGCGAUCAUUCGUAUUUGUAUUGAGAA